AUGGAGAGAAUUGAUGCAAAAUUCGCUAAACUCGGUUCCCAACUUGCAAAAUUUCGUUCCCCUUUCUUCCUCUACUUGUUUUACUUCUUUUCCUUUUCGGUGUUAGGGUUCUUGGCACUCAAGAUCUCAAAGCCAAGAACUACUUCACGUCCUCAUGACUUGGAUAUCUUCUUCACUUCUGUCUCCGCAAUCACUGUAUCUUCCAUGUCCACAGUCGAUAUGGAAGUCUUCUCCAACACCCAACUUAUCAUCAUCACUAUCCUCAUGUUCCUCGGUGGCGAGAUAUUCACCUCUUUCCUCCAACUCUACUUCUCACAUUUCACCAAAUUUGUCUUUCCUCAUUACAAGAUUGGACAUCAUAUGGGCUCUUUCAACUUGGAAUGUCCGAUCACUGAUCCGGGUAGUGAUCUUGAGAAUGUUACUGAUCAUGUCAAGAUUUCUAGUCAGAUCAAUGAAAGGGCCUCUAAGUGUUUGUACUCGGUGGUUGUUAGUUACCUUCUUGUAACAACCAUAGCUGGUUCCACGUUGCUUCUUGUGUACGUAAACUUCGUUAAAACGGCGAGAGAUGUUCUUAGUUCCAAAGAAAUCUCACCUCUCACCUUCUCGGUCUUCACAGCUGUCUCCACGUUCGUAAACUGCGGAUUUGUCCCCACAAACGAGAACAUGGUCAUCUUUCGUAAGAACUCGGGUCUUCUCUGGCUCCUUAUCCCUCAAGCACUGAUGGGAAACACUCUGUUCCCUUGCUUCUUAUUUUUUCUCGUAUCGGGACUUGAUAAGAUCACAAAGCGCGACGAAUUUGGUUAUAUUCUCAAGAAUCACAAGAAGAUGGGAUAUUCUCAUUUACUCUCCGUUCGCCUUUGUGUUCUUCUUGGUUUGACAGUGUUAGGGUUUGUGAUGAUACAGUUUCUUCUCUUCUGCACCUUUGAGUGGAACUCUGUGUCUCUUGAAGGGAUGAAUUCGUACGAGAAGAUAGUUGUCUCGUUGUUUCAAGUGGUGAACUCGAGACAGACCGGAGAAACAGUUGUCGACUUUGCUACACUUUCUCCAGCUAUCUUGGUACUCUUUAUCCUCAUGAUGUAUCUUCCUCCGUACACGUUGUUUAUGCCGUUGACCGAAGAGAAGACCAAGAGAGAAGGAGAGGAUCACUGUGGAAAUGAAAAGAAGGGAAAGAAAAGUGGAUUUUUUGUUUCACAACUUUCCUUUUUGGCAAUAUGUGUCUUUUUUAUUUCUAUCACCGAAAGCCAAAAUCUACGACGAGAUCCACUCAAUUUCAACGUCCUUAACAUCACUCUCGAAGUGAUCAGCGCAUUUGGAAAUGUCGGGUUCACAACUGGUUACAGCUGCGAACGGCGCCUAGACAUCAGCAACGGUGGCUGCAAAAAUGAAGGUUAUGGGUUUGCAGGACGAUGGAGCCCCACUGGAAAAUUCGUACUAAUAAUAGUAAUGUUUUAUGGUAGAUUUAAGCAGUUUACAGCCAAAUCUGGCCGAGCAUGGAUACUUUAUCCCUCCUCUUCGUGA